UACAUUUCUGCGCUCACUCCAGAUCGGUACACCGGACCUGUUGGAGCUAAAGGGAGGAUUCAGGACGCCGAUUUAUGAUCGCGACCCGAACUGCCCUCCGCCAGGAACAGCACGGAUGAUGCGUGUUGCGCUUCAGCCAUUCAAUGAAAGAAGAGACGCGCAAAAGCAGAGAUGGGCACCGCUCCGGGACUUUCACCUCCGCCGUCAUGGGGAAAAUGUUGUCUGUGCGCGGUGUGGCUCGUACCUGUAGCGCUGCUUUGGGUCCAGCUUUGCGCCGCUUUUAACCUGGACGCGGAGAAACGCGUCGUUUUCUCCGGGCCACCGGGAAGUUACUUCGGCUACUCAGUGGAGUUCUUCAAUAACUCAUCCAGUAUCCGCAUUUUGAUCGGCGCCCCGAAAGCCAACACCAGCCAACCGGACGUCACUGAAGGAGGAGCUGUGUACUUGUGCCCCUGGAGCCAAGCUAACUGCAGCAUGAUCGAUUUUGACAAGCAAGGUGAUCGAUAUUUUUAUAUAAAUGAUGUGAACACUCAGGUCGAGUUCAAGUCCCAUCAGUGGUUCGGAGCUACUGUGCGUUCCCAUGGUAACAGCAUCCUGGCUUGUGCCCCCAGGUAUUACUGGAGGGCCGAGCAUGACACACCCCUGGCCGAUGUCACAGGAACCUGCUACCUCUCUGUAGACAGCCUCAAAACGUUUGUGGAGUACGCCCCCUGCCGAACAGAAAGACAUGGACCUGCUGGACAGGGCUAUUGUCAGGGGGGAUUUAGUGCAGACUUCACCAAGGAUGGAAAGGUUGUGCUUGGAGGACCAGGCAGCUUUUACUGGCAAGGUCAGCUGAUCUCAGCCACCACAGAGGAGAUUGUGAAGGCCUACUACCCCUCGUACUUUCUGCUGUCAGUCGCCGGGCAGAUUCAGACUCGACAGGUGCAGGGAAGCUAUGAUGACAGUUACCUUGGUUACUCUGUGGCUGGUGGCGAGUUCAGUGGGGAUGAUGAGGAAGAUUUCAUCACAGGAGUUCCAAAAGGACUCAUGCUGUAUGGUGUAGUGUCCAUAUUAAAUGGAAGGGAUCUGAAGUCUGUGCUCAACGUGACAGGGGAACAGAUGGGGUCCUACUUCGGCUAUGCAGUGGCAGCCACCGACAUCAACAACGACGGUUUGGACGACCUGGUGGUGGGAGCUCCGAUGUUCAUGCGUAGAGGGGCCAAUGGGCGACUGGAAGAGCUGGGUAAGGUCUAUGUGUACCUCCAGAGAGGCCCUCUUCUGCUGGAGCCAAGCCAGUCCCACCUCCUCGGUCAGCAGGCCUUCAGCCGGUUCGGCACCUCGCUGGCUCCACUGGGCGAUCUCAACCAGGAUGGAUUCAAUGACAUGGCCAUUGGAAGUCCCUAUGGAGGAGACGACCACCACGGAUUGGUUCUCAUUUACAUCGGUCAUGCUGGAGGACUGAUGGACACGCCCACUCAGACUCUCUCUGGCCAAUGGGCUUCCAGCUCUUUUCCAGCCAGUUUUGGCUUUGCUCUGCGGGGCAACAGAGACCUGGAUCAAAACGGUUACCCAGAUCUGAUUGUUGGUGCUUUUGGGGUUGAUAAAGCAGUGCUGUACAGGGCUCGGCCAAUCGUGAGUGCCAGUGCAUCUCUUACAGUGCAGCCUACCAUGUUCAACCAGGAGGAGAAGACUUGUGAGGUUUUCACAGGGAAUGAAACCAUUGCUGUGUCUUGUGUCAGCAUCAGUUUCUGCCUGCUGGCUAAUGGGAAGCACCUCCCCGCUCAUCUAGGCUUUGUGGUGGAGAUUCAGUUGGACAGUGUGAAGCAGAACCAGAAGGAGUCCAUCAGGAGGACUCUGUUCCUGGACAGCCAGCAGCCCAGCUUGCUGAGGACCCUCAGCCUCGCCAAUGGAGAGCGCUCGUGCCAUGAUACCAAACUAUAUCUGCGGGCUGAAGACGAGUUUCGGGAUAAACUCUCUCCCAUUUACAUCAGCCUCAACUUCAGCCUAGAUCCUCAUGCCCCAGUGGACCAGCAUGGCCUCAGACCAGUCCUGAAUUAUCAGACAGAACAGCAUAUACAGCAGAAGGCCCAGAUUCAACUCGAUUGCGGAGAGGACAACAUCUGUGUCCCUGACCUGUCCCUGGCUGUUUAUGGUGACCGAACAGAGGUUUACCUGGGUGAUGAAAACUCCUUGACCCUCACCUUCAACGCCAGGAACGAGGGCGAGGGAGGGGCGUACGAGGCUGAGCUCUAUGUGGUGCUCCCCCCAGAGGCCGAUUACAGCGGGAUAGCGCGCAAUGUGAGCUUGACUCAGCUAACGUGCAGCUAUGAGGCAGAAAACCACUAUCUGGUGUGUGAUCUGGGAAACCCCAUGAAGUCCGGUGCCAGUUUGUGGGCCGGCCUUCGCUUCACUGUGCCCAGACUGAAGGACACUCACAGAACCGUAGAGUUUGAGCUCCAGAUACGAAGUAAAAAUGCGAAUAACUCCGAGAGUGAGGUGGUGCUGCAUGAGCUGGAGGUGGCUGCGAUGGCUGAUGUCAUCCUGCAGGGUGUUUCUCGGCCAGACAAAGUCAUCUUUCCUCCUCCUAACUGGCGUGCCAGUCAGAGCCUGAGGGAAGAGCAGGACGUAGGCCCCGAGCUGCAGCAGGUCUACGAGUUGGUGAAUAAAGGUCCCAGCGCGGUCAGCCAGUCGACGAUAGAGGUGAGAUGUCCUCUCAGGGCUCACGGCCACGAGCUGCUCUACCCUGUGGAGGUGGUCACUGAGGGGCCACUCAGCUGCACCUCCAAACACACCUUCAAUGCACUGAAACUGAAGCUCCAGCCUCCAGCAGCAGCGGGUCCCACGUCACUGAAAUCCAACACUGAGCAUCACAUCCAGAGGAGGGACCUGUACAGAGACCUUCUGGCUGAACAAGGAAACCUGACAUGCUCCACGGUGGAGUGCUGGCAGCUGCAGUGUAACGCUGGGCUGCUGGGGAGAGGAGCCAGCAUCAUCCUGACCGUUCGCUCCAGAACUUGGGCUGAAACCUUCAUUGAGAGGGCCUAUAAGCAGUACGUUUUGGAGUGCUCUGUUCAGUACAAGGUGCACAAGAUGCCUUAUUCUAUUCUUCCCAAAUUCAAACCAUCGGGGUCCAAAAAGGUGGUGACGACUGUGAUGUGGAACAAGCCGGACAGCCUGUUUUUUGUUCCGGUGUGGAUCAUCAUCCUGGCUGUUCUCGCUGGAUUGCUAUUACUCGCCCUGCUCAUUUAUCUACUAUACAAGAUGGGCUUCUUUAAAAGGUCAGAUCCAUAUGGGACGACCAUGGAGAAGGCCCAGCUCAAACCGCAGGCGUCCUCCGAAGCUUAGAUCCCUGAAGGAGCCUCAGCUGCAGCUGUUCCAAAGAACUGGAAUUAUUGUCACAUUCCCAAACAAAUAAGGAAACUUGCUAUUGAUAAGCAGGCAGCCCAUUUAUGAAGGGACACUUAUGGGUGCUGCAUCACUGGAAUACACUAUAUCUGGUGCUGCACUAACAUGCCAAAGCAGGAAAGACUACAGGGGUCAUGCAGUCGAAUGUGCACUGCUGUUUUGGACAUGAAUUUGUACAAUCAGAGCAUGAAGCUUCUGUAGAAAGAGCAGCAACAAGGAUUUGCUCCUGAGAAGCUCAUCCCUCUGGAAAAAUGUUUUGUUGGAAAAUACUUUUCAUUCUCAGUAUGUUGACCAGGAAAAUAUUUGAACUUCACUGCUCAUAUCGAUACAGGGGAAGAAAUGCACCUCCAACAAAAGGCACUAAAGUUACAGUAUUUCUUCAUUCUGAAAAGGUGUAUUUUAAGCCAUGUUUGUGAUCCUAGUGUUUGAUAUUGUCUUGACAUUCCUGCUUUUGUAUGAUUAAUACACCACUUUUUAUUUAUGGCACAAUGUUUUUCCUAUUGUUGUUGAAUGUUGUACUGUACUGUCUGCAGGACAAUCCUGAUGAAACUGCAAUGUUUAACUUGAAUUAUUCCUCUCCCAUAUUGGGAGGUAUUUUGUGUAUGUUGUAAUGUAUGUAAUGUAUUCAUUGUGUUAUGACCCAUUGGUGUUAUGGCCCGGAAUAAAGACUAAUUUUGUAUACCCACCAAAAAAAAUAUUGAUGUGAGUUGCAGGUAAACAAAAUAAAGCAGAAACCAUUGCUACUGAAAUUAGAUACUGUCCGAUGUUAUCCUGUUGGA